AUGACCGGCGAUAAAGCGAAGUUUGCUUCCAUCACUCCCAAGGAUGGAGGAUAUGCAACAUUCAAAGACAAUGCAAAGGGGCACAUCAUCGGCGUAGGUAAGUCUCUCCAUCUCUUUUCGUCACCAACGCUGGCAAAUUGCACGAGCACCAACUGUAAGAAGUUCUUGGAGAAGCCAGUGAUCGUUCUAGGGGUGUUCCUUAUGGUGGUUUUGCUAGCAAGGCUCAUCGGUGCGUGUUGUCGCGUGUUAGCUUCUCUGGUUCGACCUCCUGGUGAUGUUCCUGCACAUCAUUUUGCUAUUUUGCUUCAUGAUCUUUGCGUUUGUGGUGACCAAUAUGGGAGCAGGGGAGGUGUUGUCAGGUAUAAGGAGUACAGGCUUGGGGAUUACUCCAACUGGUUACACAAUAGGGUUAAUAAUGGUAAGAACUGGAACAGGAUAAAUAGCUGCUUGUAA